CUUUCCCUGAGCUGGUACGUAGCACCUCGAACAUCAUUCUUUUUGAUCGCUCCUCCAGCCCGUGCCUCCGGUCCGUCCUCAGACUCGCCCUCCCCUGCAGUCCAACCCAUCAAAUCUCCUUGUCUGACUCGUCGCCCUGGCCCCAGGGAGACCAGCGCGCCCCCGGAGCGCUUCUCUCAAUCUCCGGCCUUCCGAUCGGGGAAGCGACGUAAUCGACGGCCGGCUUUUGCGCCUCGCCUGAGCUACCCUUGUCUCUCUGGUCUGGUCUGGUCUGGUCUGGUCUCGCCUCCUCAUCUAAAGGGCUCCCCCGUCCUCUCGCUCCAGCCCGUCUCGCGAUUCAUCUCGCGUGUCCCUAUGUGGAAGAUCCAGUCACCGCUGCCGCUUUUCUAAUUCUGCCGUCGACCUCAUCUCGUCGGUAAACUCGCAGCCGCCGCCGCCGCCGCCGCCGACGUAGCCGCCCGCCUUGCCGUCCUCGCCGUCACCGUUUGGCGCGCACCUCGAGGGUCUGACGCGACCAACGGCGGCAAUCUCUCUCGCCUCUACCUCGCCUUGCCCUUUAAUUCCCGCUGCCUUUGGUUGGUUCGUCACCUAGCGGCUGCUCUGCCGGCCAGAGCACGGCAGUCAGUCGACCGAUCUCACCAAUGUUGCAUUAACCUUUCUCAUCCGUCACACGGCUCGGCACGGCACGGACGUCAUUUCUCGAGCAGCGGCGAACAUCAGGCUUGCCCUGCACACCGACCGCUCGGGCGCUCACAACCCUCACUCUGGCAGCAAGCCGUCUUGUGUGUUCGUCCGCUUCUUGCAACGCCAUGGCUGCGCCAGCCGUCGAACGCUCGCGAUCUCAGUCGAGCCCCGACAUUUUUGGAUUGCCAUUAUUUGACGCCGACUCUCCUGCAAGUGCCCCGGCGACCUCUCAUGGCUCCCUCGCCAUGGACUGGAAGGGCUGGGGUGACUUGCCAGCGUUUGAGGUGCCCUCGUUCAACACCGAUUUCCAUCUGGAUACCACAGUCUUCACCAAUAGCAAGGUGAGCCAAUCUGCGUCGGAUGCUGAGCCACAACCAACGCCUCGGGCCGGGCCAGUGGUGUCACAGCCGGCAUCAAGAGCAGCGCCUAAGGACCAGACCAAAGAGCAGGCCACCACAAAGCAACCGCCGAAGCCCGCCGCUUUGUCACGAUCCAAGACUGGCUCGCUGAUUCACCGACCGCGCUCAUGGCUUUCGUCUAGUUCCAAGUCGUCGAGGAAGUCAGCAAAAGAAGACCGCCAGAGCGACCAGCUCACGACCAAAACCGACCCUGUGCCACCCAAGCCGACGCCAUCCGAGGCAACGCCACAACCGCGACCGCAGCUGCGCGGGCUUCCUAGUUCCUCAACGUUUGCCAGCUUUUCGAAGUGGUCAUGGACAGCUUCGUCCCGCUCGCCAUCUCCCAAGCAUGCACCUGAGCAGCCUCAGCCUCCAACCAAGCCAGCAGCGACACCUACCGCCCCCACCAAGGUGGCCACGGUAUUGCCAGAGCGCCUUCAACUCAUCACGGACACCGGGCUCAAGCACCUCGAGGUGUCUGAACCUUUGAAACCACCUGCGCCAAAACAGGCCGCCCGGACCAACAACUCAUACUUGGCAAAGAUCAAACAGAAGCCUCCGCUGCUCAUGAACAAGCCACCCGAGCCUCUGGGCUACAACCACAGUUGCGCGUCUUCGUCAACCACGCUUGGAGGGAACCGUGCGUCAAACAGCGACAAGUCGAGUGUUUCACAGUCAACCUGCAGCGACGGAAACACCAACACUCCCAUCACUGACGACUCGUCAAACGACAUGACGCCCCAUCUACGAGACCCGCUAUGGUCCUCAUUCAAGACGCUCGAGGUGGAGAUCAAGGGCCACGGCGCCAAGAAUGUCGCGCAGCGUGUUGGCCAGGUGAAGAGCAUGCUUUUGCCGUUUUUGCGCAGUACCAUGGAUCACAACUCGACCAAAGGGCUGAGCCUGGAGGACGUGGACCGGCGGGCGACUGUGCUGAACAAGUGGUGGGUCUCAAUCCUGGAGUUGCUCGACGACAGGGGACAAAAUCCCGUUCCAGGCGUGGAUCGUCCGAUCCUUCUCGAAGCUGCGACCCUUCUCAUGAUGAGGUCCGAGUGGCGGCUGGCGACAUCCAGCUUCAUGCCCCUCGCUGAGCGAUCGCCCUCUGAACGCGUCCGAUCGCGGUCCUGGACAAACGCUUCUGGAUCGACCGAAGACUCGCAGCAGUCGGCUAUGUUGGCCGAAUCGGCCGAACACAAUGUCCGAACAAUGUUUGUGACAAACCUCGUGAAGCAAAUGGGCUAUGUUGUGGACAGGAUGUCGAUGCGCCAUGCGCCGCUAAGCUUGGUCAACUUCUCAGGCAAGGCGUGCGCUUAUGCCUUCUUUUUCGCUCCCGGUGUGGCCGACAUUCUGGUCCGGCUCUGGGGACUCACGCCGGAACUCAUUCGAAGGACAGCGGAUGAGCUCGGGCUGCCUCGGAAGGACACUGGCGAGAGUGGGGACAUCACAGCGCUCUUCCCUCCGAAGCUGGGCACCUUUGGUUGGCGAUCAGCCAGAACGACUUGGAACACACUCAAGCAGAUACCAAGGAUGUCUCUGCUCGUGGCCAGGAUCGCCUGGACCGGACCGUGGGUAUCGAGAUGGAAGGGCCGAGACACCGACCUCUUCUUCAUCUUUUGCAAAUAUUUUCACGUCUUGUCUAAUCAGUUCAUACCGCCUGGACUGCCACUGGUGGAAAAGGCGCGGUCGCCGGCGUUCGUCUUGGUGCACUCGCAGCUGCUCUCGAUCCUCGAUAACACGGUCCACCGUCAAACAGCAAUCGAACACGCCUAUGGCCCGCCUUUGAUUGACCAAGUGAACGGAGCGGACGCAACGGCUCUCGCCAUGCCGUUGCCACCAACCAAUCUCAUGAAGGGCAUGUCGGAGAACCGGCUGGUGAUUCUACUCCGAGACGUGCUCACCGACGAUGCGCCCGAGUUGGGUGAUGCGCGAAACACCUUUGCGGAGACGUUUGCCGCGCUUAUGAAGGGUGCGACCUGUCGAACGUCGCAGUUUGAUAGUGCGGCUUGCUUCACUCUGUGCGACUUCCUGGAAGAGGCCCUCAUGAUUUUCCACGAGGCCGAGUCCCGUGGUGUGUCUGCACGCUAUGUCGACUGGGGUUUUUGGCUUGACGUGUGCAAGCGCAUCAUGGAUUCCCUGAACACGAUGUCCGAGGUUCGCAUGCUAUCUUUCUUGUUUACGGUAUGGGACGCAAUAACCAAGGACCCACGACGGAAAGCGACGCUCUGCCUCGAUUGGCUCCUCACCGAGGACACCUUCAACACAUUCUUCAACAACUGGUGCCCAAUGGUUCGCGCCUACUAUCACCGCCUCUUGUGCUGGAGGAUCUGUCGCGACGAUGGCAACGCUAGCGAGACGGAUCUAAAGAUUAUGUCUGCCGUGGCUGCCCGGCUCAAGACCGUUUGGUCGCACUACCUCUACCUUAAGCGGACUGCAGAGGAGUCUGGUCGCGUCCCACUGUCCACCGUCCCCAUGUGCCCUGCUCUGGGCAAGAAGUUCAUGAUUAUCCGCCAGGAAGCGGGCCCACCUCAGGCAGGCCUAUUCAUGGGGUUCGAUACGUUCGCGCGCACCAACAGCAAUGAAUCCUCGUCUUGGGCUGGGUUCCCCGAUAUGGGGCUUGGCAGAGGUGACUCAAAGAAGCGCUGGUCCCUCUUGGGCAAGGUGCUUUCCAUGACUGCCGGCAACGGGAUGGACCCGACAUCACCGUCAGAUACAUCGACGAGAAGUUCGCUCCUCGAAAAUCAACCGCUUGGCGCGAGGCGGAACUCGGUCGAGACUCCAGGUCGGUCAGCAGGGCCGACGCCGAGCGGCGCGAGAGUGCAGGCACCGACGAGUGAGCCCGACACCGAGUCGCCGUCGGACGCGGAGGAGCAAAAGUACGUGUUUAGGUUUAUUCUGGGAUGGAUGCAGCACCAUAAUGUGGGCCGCGACCUCACACGCCCGAAGCUCCCUGCGCCCGCGCAGGCACACAUCAACGCGAGAGCUCGGAACAGCAGCGCCCCAUCGCCAACACCUACAACCUUGGCACGUGUGCGUCGCGUAUCUGACACUCGACCGGUCCGGCCGACGCAGAGGGAUAGGAGGAGCUCCGUCAACGCAUCCGUCGAAGAGUGGCUUAGGGGCACGCCGGCGGCGGUGGCGGCGCCGACGACAAAGAGUGGUUGGAGCGGCCCUUCGAGUGCCAGUAGCGAGAGGCGCAGAAGCUUGGCGGGAGAGUGGUCACCGGCGACGUCGGACCUGCUGGACUUGCAAGACUCCCCGCGCGAGCCCCUGACCAAGGCAGUGAAGCCUGUGGGCAUUUACGCCAGAAACGCCAUCUACUCGGGACGUGCGCUGGCGGAGUGGUCCCAGGUAGUUAAUGAGUGCAACAGUUUUAUCGACCGACGCAAGGAGGAGGGCGUCGGCCGGCUGGCGGACGUGGAGGUACCGCAGCUGGGUGUUGAGGGGUUCCGAAAAGCCGGCUAGAAGCUGGUGCGACGGCAAUGACGGGCGGAUGCAUGCGGAGGAGGCGAAAAGUACAGUACACAAGGAGAUGUUUGGAAAACAGUAUGAGAUAUCCCGCGGCUGGCACGCCGCACUGCGUUUGGCAUCUACCAUGUUUUUUUUUGUCCGUCCUACGGGAUGGGGCUGCUCGAGAAUUUGGAACCUAUUGCUUGCCACGUCGAGGCGUGGGAGAUGUGGCAAUAAUUGGCUGCAUUCGAGACGGGACACGUUGAUUAGGGACAGAGGGAAUCGGAGGAAACCGAGGGGACAGAUGCAUGUCCCCGCCACUCGUUGGCUGAUAGCGGCAGAGGCUGCGCGGAGUGGCGGAAUACAGAAAACGCACCGGUGUCGUAAGCAGGCACAUGAUGCACUCGCUCACUUUUGAAUCUGGGAAAACAAGGUGAUAUUGAUGGUCUGUAUGCUGAGCGACAGGAGCUCUGCAUGCCUAUCCAACGGGCCAUGAUCUUUUGCUCCGGGCUCUGAACAAAGAGAGUGCGAUGACGACUAGUCCACUGCUAACGAAGAGACGCUUGAACACCCCCCUUUCCAAUGUGCAAUCGGCCGUUCCCUCAUGUACUCAGUGCGGCCAUGAGCUGGGCCUUGUAGGCGGCCUGCCUCCCCUCGAGGGCGGCGACGCGGGCAAGCACAUCGGGGCGGUAGAAGGGGUUGCGGUCCGGGUAGUAACCCUCGAACUGGGGCUUCCCGUCGGCGAGGGCGACGAAGCGGCGGCGGGUGCGCGUGAAGAUGUGCACGUCGGGGUCGAUGUGGUCGGGGCGGUCGAGGGUGCCGACGCGGAGGUAGGCGAGGCAGGGGCCGGCGUCGGCGUAGUGGUUCCAGAGGCCCGUGUGGCAGCGCGGGCAGCAGGCGAUGGUCUGGCCGAUGUGCGAGGCGGUGGGCACGGUGACGAGGUGGGGGUUGUUGUCGGUGGUGGUGGUGGUGGUGGUGGUGGUGAUGGGCUCUGGCGAUGUCUUUGCGUUGUCUGCUUGAUGCUCGCCGCCCGUGUGUGUGCUCGCAGGAGCGGCGGCAGCAGCAGCAGUAGAAGAGCCGUGGCAGGGCGUGGCGAGGGUGAGAGAGAGAUACGAACUCGCUUGAGUAGGUAGCGAUGGGGAUGGAGUUUGUUGAAAGGAGGAAAAGGCGUGAAGAAUAAUUCACGGUGGGCUUGUACGCAUUCACGCAGACGGUGUUAGAAGAGGGGAGGAUGCAGACGAAAAGGGCGUGCGGCGUGAAUGGGUGGUGGUGGUGGUGGCACGGGCAGCGGAG